GUUCCCGUGAAAAUUUCCUGGAAAAAGGAGCCUAGUUCCUCCUGAAAGUCUAUUCUAUCUCUGUGCCAAAAUUUCUUCAGAAUCGGACCGCUAAUUUCAUUCGUUUAAAACAAAAAUAUACUAAUCUCAUGUACUAUAAAAAUAUACUAUUAUAUUAUAACUUAAUGAAAUAUUAUCUGAACGAGGCCUUUCAGUCUUUUAGAGACUUUUAGCUUUUUACCCGCAAGGGAUAUAGACGUGACUAUAUGUAUCUUUAUAAGCCAUCUCAUAAAGAUAAUACAUACUACAUAAGUAGGUACAUAUUACCUGUACCUAUAAGCUUUUAGUUGCUAGUCGACUCUAAGGAGAAAGAUUAGAUAGACUAAAUGGUAAGCAAAACACAGCGCCAACACAGGUACGAGUCAAAUUCAACAUAUUAAUUCAUUAUUAAGGGACAUUUCAAACAUCACUUAAUAUCUAAUUGUUAUAUCUUUUGGUUUGAUAACAUUGGUUGACCUCAAAUAAAUUACUUUAAACAACUUGUGUGCAGUGCAGAAGAAGCGGUAACAAACUACGCUGCAGCAUUUACUUCAAUAAUGUACCACAAGUAUCCAAACUUAGAUUUGGAAUAUAAAUGUGUACCUAGUGAUGAUUAUAAUCAAUUAUUGAAACGUUUAGAAGUUUUUACUUGCUGAAAGUCUAGCUUAUCUCUAGGUCUGAACAUAAGCAGCACAUGUCAUGCAUUAACGCAGGGUAAUAAAGAGUUCGCAAAUAGGGUAAAAUACUGUAAACUAGUUAACACUAAUUUUAAAAUAUGGAUCUAUAAAUCAAUGUUCUCUCCCUGAGGCUCAUUUGUCACUCAAAUGUCAUUGUCACUGUCUUAACGGGAUUAUUUGCCAUAUCACAUGUAUGUACGGUAUUUGAAAGUUUGUAAACACCAAAACAUUUGAUUUAAUUUAAUUAAAAUAUAUGAAAUUAAUUAUAAUAGAUUUGUGGCGUGUCGUUUAAAUUAGGUACUUAUAUAAUGAAAUUAAGUAACAAUUUCACUAGGUAUAUUAUAUUGUAAAAAUAAAAUGAAUUCGUAUAACAAAUUUGAUGUUGAUAAUACUUCCACACCGAAACGAAGACGAUUGGGUACAAGCAGGGUAUUGUGCUCAAGAGAUAUCGUAAACCACAGUCCUAUUCACCGUCAGAUAUCGUCAACUGUGAUCAGCUCCUCGGGUAGAUGUGAAUCUCCGCCUCUGCCGUGCAAUCAGGUAGAGUACUUGAACGAAUCCGAACCUACAAGCAUUCCAUGUUCUCCUGGUAUCGAGGGCUCAAUCAUGAAAGAUGUUGAGAAUUGGGAAUCAUUAGCAUUGACAAAUUUUCGUAAAAAGAACAAUGUGUUACACGACACCAUCACUGAAGAUGAUUUAUCGGAUGAUAUGUUUUGUUCAGAAUUAGAAAUAAAAUCUAGUCACGAUAAACUUGUGUCUUCAAACUGUCAAAAUCAUUUUAAGGAUAUAGAGGAAACAUUUGACUUAGUGAAUAAAUCAAUAUGUGAUAUAGAUAAUAAGGUUGACAAAAGUUCUCUGUUUGAGACAAAGGAUUCAUUUUUAUUAGAUAUCAAAGAAAGUGGUAUAUUAGUUGAAGAGAAAUGCAAAUCAAAUGAAGUAAACAAACAUGGAAGGAUAGAUCAGAAACUGUGUGACGGGGACACAUUUUAUGGUUUGCCAUUGAUAACAAAAAGUUUAUUCAAAACUUUCAGGAAUAUUGAGAAAUUUUAUGACUGGCAAGAAGAAUGCCUGAAUCUAGACGCCAUCAAGGAAAGACGUAACCUCAUCUAUGCGUUACCCACGAGCGGGGGUAAAACCCUCGUGGCUGAGGUGCUGAUGCUGAAUGAAGUUCUCAAUAGGAAAAAGAAUGCACUGUUUAUUCUUCCUUUUGUUGCUAUUGUACAAGAAAAGAUUUGGGCAUUGUCUCCAUUUGCAGUGAAACUUGAAUUUUUAGUCGAGGAAUACACAGGGGGUAAAGGCCACAUUCCCCCCAAGAAGAGGAGAAGAAAAAAUAGCAUCUACAUCGCUACUAUAGAGAAAGGACUCGCGUUAGUUCGGAGCCUCAUUGAGUUGGAUCGCUUGCAAGAGAUUGGCCUUAUUGUGGUUGAUGAGCUGCAUCUCAUAGGGGAGCCUGGACGAGGUGGAACCUUGGAGACAUUGCUCACGACUGUCAUUUUUGCCAAUAAAGGCAUUCAAAUAGUGGGAAUGAGUGCCACAAUAGGCAACUUGCCUUCAGUGGCGAAGUUCCUCCGCGCUGACGUCUUCCAACGGGAGUUCAGGCCUGUGGAGCUGACAGAGUACGUCAAGUUGGGGGACAUGCUGUACAGGAUCGAGUGGGGGGGCGGCAUGGAGCUGGUGCCGGAGAGGCAGCUGGCUUAUGAUUAUGUGCCAGCAGCUACAGCGUUAGACCCCGACUGGCUGGGAGGCCUAGUGUCGGAGGUGGUGCCUCAGGCGUCCUGCCUGGUGUUCUGCCCCACCAAGCGGAACUGCGAGAACGUCGCCUCCUUGCUAUGCAAGCUGCAGAGGAGAGAGAUGACGUCUCACCGCACUGUAGAGCGGCAAGCGUUAGAGGCCGCGUUAGUGGGUGAGGGCGCUAGUUCGGCUCUGACCCGCGCUGUGAGGUUCGGAGUGGGGUUCCACCACGCGGGGCUGGCGGCCGAUGAGAGGGCGCUGCUGGAGACUGCUUUCAGGUCCGGAGUGGUGUCAGUGCUGUGCUGCACUUCCACACUGGCGGCGGGCGUGAACCUACCCGCGCGGCGUGUGAUCGUGCGCGCGCCGCGCGUGGGCCGCGAGCCGCUGUCGCUGGCCGCCUACCGCCAGAUGGCGGGCCGCGCGGGCCGCGCAGGCGUCUCUGAUGCGGGUGAGAGCAUAAUAAUCUGCAGCGCGUCCGAGUGGCCCGCGCUGCGCACCGUCCUCGCCGGGCCGCUGCGCGCCGCCCGCAGCCGGCUGCGGCCGCCCGCGCUGCUGCUGAGCGCGGCGGCGCUGCGGCUGGCCGGCACCAGGGCUGAGGCCGAGGAACUGAUGGCCACCACCUUCCUGGCUCUCGAUCCAGAAAUAAAUAUAAAAGAAGAAUGCGACGCGUCCCUCCGCUCUCUCGUGCAAUGCGGCGCGCUGGAAGUGUCGCCGGCUAGCGAGCACGCGCCGCUCACCGUCAGCGAACUGGGACGAGCUGCCAUUAUAGGAGGUUUAGAGCUGCCAGUAGCCAAGCAGCUGGUGGAGGAGCUGCAGGCGGCCUCCCGGGGCGUGGUGUUGCUCGGCAGCCUGCACCUGCUGUUCGUGCUGACUCCGCACGACGCGCCCGUCAGCCCCGACUACAGGCACUACUACUCGCUGUACUGCAACUUGGACGAGGAAGGACUGCAAACGGCCAAGACAUUAGGCAUUACAGAGAUGAAUGCAGUCAGAAUGAUGACCGGGAAACCCAUUACUAACGUUUCCGAGUUGGUGCUGCGCCGUUUCUACUUGGCUCUGAUGCUGCGUGAUCUCUUGAAUCAGGUGCCUUCACAUGUAGUCGCUGAUAAAUACAACAUAUCGCGCGGCGCGGUGCAGUCGCUCCUGAGCAGCGCGCUGUCGCUCUGUAACAGCGCGGUCCGCCUGUGCGGCGCGCUGUUUGAAACUGCUUUUGAAACUUCGUUGUCUGUCAGAUACAACAUAUCUCGCGGCGCGGUGCAGUCGCUCCUGAGCGGCGCGCUGUCGCUCUGUAACAGCGCGGUCCGCCUGUGCGGCGCGCUGUUUGAAACUGCUUUUGAAACUUCGUUGUCUGUCAGAUACAACAUAUCUCGCGGCGCGGUGCAGUCGCUCCUGAGCGGCGCGCUGUCGCUCUGUAACAGCGCGGUCCGCCUGUGCGGCGCGCUGUUUGAAACUGCUUUUGAAACUUCGUUGUCUGUCAGAUACAACAUAUCUCGCGGCGCGGUGCAGUCGCUCCUGAGCGGCGCGCUGUCGCUCUGUAACAGCGCGGUCCGCCUGUGCGGCGCGCUGUUUGAAACUGCUUUUGAAACUUCGUUGUCUGUCAGAUACAACAUAUCUCGCGGCGCGGUGCAGUCGCUCCUGAGCGGCGCGCUGUCGCUCUGUAACAGCGCGGUCCGCCUGUGCGGCGCGCUGUUUGAAACUGCUUUUGAAACUUCGUUGUCUGUCAGAUACAACAUAUCUCGCGGCGCGGUGCAGUCGCUCCUGAGCGGCGCGCUGUCGCUCUGUAACAGCGCGGUCCGCCUGUGCGGCGCGCUGUUUGAAACUGCUUUUGAAACUUCGUUGUCUGUCAGAUACAACAUAUCUCGCGGCGCGGUGCAGUCGCUCCUGAGCGGCGCGCUGUCGCUCUGUAACAGCGCGGUCCGCCUGUGCGGCGCGCUGUUUGAAACUGCUUUUGAAACUUCGUUGUCUGUCAGAUACAACAUAUCUCGCGGCGCGGUGCAGUCGCUCCUGAGCGGCGCGCUGUCGCUCUGUAACAGCGCGGUCCGCCUGUGCGGCGCGCUGUUUGAAACUGCUUUUGAAACUUCGUUGUCUGUCAGAUACAACAUAUCUCGCGGCGCGGUGCAGUCGCUCCUGAGCGGCGCGCUGUCGCUCUGUAACAGCGCGGUCCGCCUGUGCGGCGCGCUGUUUGAAACUGCUUUUGAAACUUCGUUGUCUGUCAGAUACAACAUAUCUCGCGGCGCGGUGCAGUCGCUCCUGAGCGGCGCGCUGUCGCUCUGUAACAGCGCGGUCCGCCUGUGCGGCGCGCUGUUUGAAACUGCUUUUGAAACUUCGUUGUCUGUCAGAUACAACAUAUCUCGCGGCGCGGUGCAGUCGCUCCUGAGCGGCGCGCUGUCGCUCUGUAACAGCGCGGUCCGCCUGUGCGGCGCGCUGUUUGAAACUGCUUUUGAAACUUCGUUGUCUGUCAGAUACAACAUAUCUCGCGGCGCGGUGCAGUCGCUCCUGAGCGGCGCGCUGUCGCUCUGUAACAGCGCGGUCCGCCUGUGCGGCGCGCUGUUUGAAACUGCUUUUGAAACUUCGUUGUCUGUCAGAUACAACAUAUCUCGCGGCGCGGUGCAGUCGCUCCUGAGCGGCGCGCUGUCGCUCUGUAACAGCGCGGUCCGCCUGUGCGGCGCGCUGUUUGAAACUGCUUUUGAAACUUCGUUGUCUGUCAGAUACAACAUAUCUCGCGGCGCGGUGCAGUCGCUCCUGAGCGGCGCGCUGUCGCUCUGUAACAGCGCGGUCCGCCUGUGCGGCGCGCUGUUUGAAACUGCUUUUGAAACUUCGUUGUCUGUCAGAUACAACAUAUCUCGCGGCGCGGUGCAGUCGCUCCUGAGCGGCGCGCUGUCGCUCUGUAACAGCGCGGUCCGCCUGUGCGGCGCGCUGUUUGAAACUGCUUUUGAAACUUCGUUGUCUGUCAGAUACAACAUAUCUCGCGGCGCGGUGCAGUCGCUCCUGAGCGGCGCGCUGUCGCUCUGUAACAGCGCGGUCCGCCUGUGCGGCGCGCUGUUUGAAACUGCUUUUGAAACUUCGUUGUCUGUCAGAUACAACAUAUCUCGCGGCGCGGUGCAGUCGCUCCUGAGCGGCGCGCUGUCGCUCUGUAACAGCGCGGUCCGCCUGUGCGGCGCGCUGUUUGAAACUGCUUUUGAAACUUCGUUGUCUGUCAGAUACAACAUAUCUCGCGGCGCGGUGCAGUCGCUCCUGAGCGGCGCGCUGUCGCUCUGCAACAGCGCGGUCCGCCUGUGCGGCGCGCUGCCGGCGCUGUGCUGGUGGCGCGCGCUGCUGGCGGAGCUGGCGCCGCGCCUGCAGCCGUGGCAGCCCGAGCUGAUCGCGCUGAUGGAGCUGCCCGCCGUCAGGAAGGCUAGAGCGAUGCAACUGUUGCGAGCUGGCUACAAACGUAUUGAAGACUUGGCAAAGGCGAACGCAGACGAUUUGUGUUCGUCUGUCUCCCAUUUAUCGAGAACUGCGGCCAGCCACCUCAUCAGUGCUGCUAGAAUGAUGUUAAUAGAAAAAGUUGAAAAUCUUCGCGCCGAAGCGGAAGAAGUGAUGGAAGAUCUCAGUGUACUAUCUUAAAAAAAUGAAAUAUUUGUUAGUGAAAUAAUGAGUUUAUAAGCCAAAAAAGUAGGGAAUAAGUAAAUGAAAUUUAAUGAAGGUGGUUAAUAUAUUUUUUAUACAUAUAUUUGAUUG